GCAUGGCUCCUUCCUUUGACGUCAUCGGGCGCCCACACACAAAAUCACUCCACACUCCAGUGAAGUCCUGAAACGAAAUCUAGUGACAUGUUCGGCGCGGCUACGUACGAUACAGGUGCCGCGCUUGGAAGAGUAUGUGGUGACAGAAACAACACCCUCGAGUUGGGCCGUCUAGCCAGCCAUCAGGACUAACCCUCCUUGGAGCUGUGGAAAUCUGAGCGCAGAACAACGAAUAGCCAUGUCAGUAGGAGAUGAAAGACUAGCUAGAAGUGUUGCCCUAGAAAACGCAUACGUUCACGAUGUUUACGAACAAUUCUACGACAAUCCCCAAAGCAAACCUUGGCCUAAAGUUAAAUCCUUUUUGGACAGUUUAGAACCGGGUUCUAUAGUAUGUGAUAUAGGUUGUGGAAAUGGAAAGUAUUUGAGCCUCAACAAUGCCAUCUUCAAUAUAGGCGGAGAUAAGUCUUUGCGGCUCACGAAUGUGGCUAGGGAAAAAGACAACGAAGUUAUUAUUUUGGACAACUUGUCUCUUCCAUUUCGUGAUGAUAGCUUAGAUGCUGUGAUCUCAAUAGCUGUGAUUCACCACUUGGCCACAACUGAAAGAAGAGUAAAUGCGAUACGUGAGUUGGCUAGGGUUUUAAGAAUCGGAGGAAGAAUCAUCAUAUCAGUCUGGGCAAUGGAACAAAGUCAUAGGAAGUUCGAGAGUCAGGAUGUUCUUGUACCUUGGAGGCGACCAAAAAACCUACUUAAUACUCCUUCAUUUGAGCUAACGUCAGCCACAUCAACUUCGGAAGACGAUAGCUACUUGCCUUACAAUGCGUAUACGCAAACCAGUGAUACAGAAUCCAACAAGUCCUUGAGGUCCAGAAUCACCUUGAAGAGACGUAAUAGGAGACAGAAAAACAUGAAUCCUGGCCGAAAUUUAUCCCAGAGUAGUUCUAGUCUAUCCAGUCCAAACGAAACCUGUUACAGCUUUGUCAGGAGAGCUCUUCAAAGACUUGCUGGUGGAAGGAGGGUCAGUAUGCACAAACCUUGGUUCUUAGAGAGCUGGACAACAUGCCAUAAAGAGUCUUCCUCGAAAAGAUUUGAUCCAGGAGGAAUCCAGCCUUGCGAAUGUUGUGACUGUAUGGAUAAUGUUCAAGAUAUACCGAUAGAACUGAGGAGAAUUGAUGACGAAACCAUUGCAAUUGGCCAAAGAAGAAAAACAUUUCCAUCAUCACAGUUGAUGAGUGAUUUGCCCCAGGCGGGUUUCAAAUCUAGAAGCCUCACCAAUAUAAAAACAGUGGAAAACAAUGACACUGUUGUUUCUGUUCAAUGUGAAGAGGACGAUAACAUAGAAACGAAAGAAAUCUGCAACGAAAAAGAAAUAGAAACUGUAAAACCGGAAAUUCAAAUUGAGGGUAGCAGUCGUCAUCUUGGAAAGCCAAAACUUGUGAAACAGAAGAAAUCAGUAUGCGAAGAAGAUGCUGAUGAAGCACUUGACCAACCUACUGAUAUGGCCAACAUUUCUAGAACCCCGUCUUCUAUGUUCAAGACUCUACAUACAAACAGAAGGAGUAGCAUUCUAAAGCAACGUUCAUUGAACGAAGAACUAAUGUCAGACAGGGUACAAGAAAAAGAAAGAGUGAGGAGAAACAUCCAAAAACAGGUUUCUCUAAACGAAGAACUGAUAUAUCAAAGACAUACAUUUGAAUCAUUCAAAGACUCAAUCUUGUCUGUAUCAACUUCGAAGAGAUUUCAACUAAUCAAGACUGGAUUCACCAAUAAGUUCAAGAACUCUACCAAUAAUAUUGAGAAAGUAACAGGGCAGUCGUUGAGGAAUGGAUUCGCGAGAAUGUUUCAAAAUUGGAAGAGUUCUGAAGGUUCUAGUCCUCUAACUCCGAAAGAUAUUCUGGAAACCAAACUCAGCUCCACUAAUGAAGAUGUUCAACAAAAAGAACCAAUAGAAAGAAGGUCAUCUAAGGAAGAUGGUUCGGAUAGCUCUAAAGAUAGUAGUCUUCAAAGCGACACAAGCGUGGAUUCCGAGGAUUCUUUUGCAUCAGUCAUCUUCGUCCCCAAAUCCAACCCAAUGUCACCAACACCUCUGCCUUCUGAUCCUACUUCGCCUAAAGUUAGGACAUCAUCGAUGCCAACAUCUCCUAAACUCAAGCAAUCUUCUUGUCCAACAAGUCCUAGAAUAAAACAGAUGCCCCUCACAGUAUAUCCACUAACAAAGCAGCUAAGUUCACCUAAACCCACGACCAAGCAGGAGUUCUUAGAAAUGCCUUGUUUUGAGAAUAGAGAUACAUUAACAGUAAAGAAACCUCCAGAAAGAUGCAAGCCAUUAGCUAAUAAAUACACAGUAGUACCUAUACCAGAAUUCAAGAGAAUCGUGCAACCGUGUCCAAAUACUCUAUCAAAUACAUCUCCAAACCUAAUUCCCAAAUGCCAAGUUAAUCCACCGAAACAAAAAUCAGUUGAGGAGGAAAAAGCCACUGAAACAAGAACAGAAAGACUGAAAAGAAUUCGAGAAAUGCUGAGUCAGAGUCCAGGUUUCGCUUUGAAAGCGAACAAAGCAAAUUUUCCUCUGAUCAGACAUUCCUCAGCAGCAGACGGUAAAGUUUCAGCAGAACCACUACCUAAGCUGAUUUCUUUAGAGCUUUUCAACCCCGAAACUGAUGAUAAGGACAGUGACUCAAGCGCCAUAUCCUCACCAGAUUCUGUAGAUAGCAUAGUUAGUGUGAAAUCGGACCAAAAAAGACCAGUAGAGGAGGAGAGCAGGUUCAAAUUUCCAACGUACAAAAAUACCAAGCAGAAUAAGCUGUUGGAAGCAGCUGCUGGUGUGGCAAGCUCCCUAGAUGAAGCAGUCACGAAGGUAAUCAAGACUAGUCCAAAGUUCAGCAAACGUCAGGUUCGUGCUACUGAUGUCAUGUCUGUGAUAAAAAGAUCUUACUCCUUCGAAACCACGCCAUUAGUACCUAAGGAGAACUCCCCAAAUCAUUGGAAAGAAGACAGCAACAUCCAUUUGAAAGACUUCGCUGAAAAACUCAGUGAGAAGCUUCUCCAGGAGAUAGAUGAAUACCAAAAGAAAACUAAGAGACAUUUAGACAAUACAUCAUUGGAGAAUAUCAACGAUCCCUACAUCCACAGACUCAGCACAGAAUUGGAUGAUCUCUCCAAGCUCAGUGCCGAAAUAAAGAAGCAAAACGAAUACUUGGCCAAACUUAGCGCGAGUGAGAUCUCAUUCAACCGUUGUGCGGUUUGUAAAAAAAACGACUGUAAAUGUAGAUACAACCGGAAAUCUAGGACAAAAGUAGAACAAUGCGCGAAAAACGGAACAGAUACGGUGGUGGACGAUAAAAAUAAAAAUACUGGAGAUAUUGUGAAGUUAGACAGUUCUCGAUCCAACUCUAGCAACGAAUUUUUAGAGAAGGACAGAUGUACUCCAGACAAGACAUCUACGAGUUCUGAGAGUGAUAACGUUCUGAGGUUCAACUCGAAGAAUUUCGUUAGGUUGGGAAAUUCCACGGACUCGUGCGAUUCGGAGAAGGGGAGUAGCACAACCUCCAUGGUGUCCAUGAUUUCGAGUACCGCCACAUCAUUCAACCUACUAUCUGAAUCGUCCAUAGAUUCGAUGAGUUCAGAAAGGACCAAUACCGACUUUUUAGAAAGAGGAGAACUAUCUUCUUCUGGCAGAGGUAGCAAUGAAGGCAGUACCGCUUCCCUAGUUUCUGUACCAGAGGCAGCUAUCACCCCAGCAAGAAAUGGUAGUUUCAAGAACCCCCUGAAGAGGAGUGAAUGCAUUACAAGCUCAACCUCCAGCUUAGAAUCGUCCUCAAGAAAGGCGCCUAGCAACGUGAAAGGAAAGAAUUUGAAUAGUAGCACCUUCAGCGGUACCACAUCUCAAGAGUCCCUGGUAUCAGAAAACAUGGGCGGUGAGAUAACCUAUCAUCGGUAUUACCACGUUUUUAGGGAGGGGGAGCUCGAUCAACUCAUUGAAAAAUUCGUGGGAAACCUUCAUAUAAUAUCGAGCUAUUACGAUCACUCCAGUUGGUGUAUAGUAGCCGAAAAAGUCCAUGUCUGGACUAUCUGACAAGUAAACCAUCGAAGCUGUUUGGUUUGUAAAUCGAGCUUGGCUCUAUCGGUUUAUUUCUUCGCUUUUGAAGACUGAAUGUAGGUUAUCUUACCAUUAUUAAAUUUUAUUAAAAUUUGUUUUCAAUCGUUGGACGUGUUAUUUGCAGAUGUGUCAAGGUGAGCCAUCGCUAGUUUCACGUUUUCGUCAAAAGGCUCUGGUUAUCCUAUCAUUCUAUCCUCAAGUAUUACUGAUCUUCAAUAUCAGAUCAUAUUGAAAAAAAAUUCAUUCACUUGAUCACUCUUUGCUAUCCAACCAUGAGAGUCUUAAGGUUCUUUGCGCGAAAAAAACUCUAAAUAAAACGGAUUAUAUCUAGACACAUCUGUAGAAAAACUAAUUUAAUUAAUUUCUAAAUUUUCUGAGGUAAUUGGCAGUUUUCACUGAGAAAAUAAUUUUUUCGAAUAUAGUUACUGUAUCUACUUGAAAAGCUGCUCUUUUCAUUUUGGUCAGAGUUCUUCUAGUUCUCUGGAGAAAAUAAUGUAAAUAACUCGUUAUCAUGUUGAAUUUUCCAUAAAAAAAAUUGUUUCUUGAAGUAGUUAUCGACAAUUUGAAAUAAAUAUUCAGAACAUACUCUUCUAUACACUACCUCAAUUCGAAAAACAAAUAUUUUAUCUUUGAAAUAUAUAUUGGCGAUGUUGAGAUUGUUAUGAUUGCCAAGCUUCAGUUCAGCAAACAAAAUCGUUACAACAAAUUUUGAUUGAUGAAAAAUUGCUAACAUCAUGUAUCUACAAUGAAAUUAUUGUCAUCAUUAUUAUUAUGUACCUAACGUAAUAAUAUUAGGUGGUUUUAAUUCUCAUUUUAGAUCCGUCUAAAUUGUUUAUUGUUGGGUAACAUCGUUUGUACAUUCACUGAAAUUUGAAUGUUUGAACUGAGUUUUGGCAGUAAGUGGUGAUCUGUAAGUUUUCUAUUAUUUUUCCAAAGUGUUCAUCAGUAAGAUUAUGAAGUGGGGUGCUAAUAUUAUCGUUAACUUAAUCUCUAACUAGAACUUAUCUUAAACAGAAAAACUGUAGUCUCAGCCCUCCCUUUAUGAUCUAUAGUUUCAAAAUCAGCUAAUUCAUAAUCACAUCAAUUUUCUGAGUUGGAAAAAAGCACAAAGUAGAUAAAUAAUCCGAAUAAUCAUGGGAAAUACCAGCAAACGUAUUAUUCUUCAGUAUCUAUAUGUAUAACUUUUAUUCACUCAUGAUUUCCUGUCGAUUGUAGGAAAUGAGUUUUUUUAAUGUGAAAUUUGGUACCUACAUUUCUCUUCUUGAUGAGAUUAUUUAUUUUAUUUUAAAUUUUUAUAUUCUAUUAUUAUAAUUCUUGGUAGAAUAUUCUAUUACUUUUGUUUACAUAUUCAACAGGGUUAUGGCACAAAAAAUAAGUGUAAACGGUAAUGUUCUGUUGAGCAUAUAGGUUAUUAAAUUUUUUUCACUACCUAAUUUUUGUGGAUUUCUUGAGCAUAAUUUGAACUUCAGAGUUCCUUUGAAAUUUACUCGAAUAUAAUGAAAUUGACAUUAAAAAAUGAUAUAAAAAAUGAAAUAAUUAUAUUUAUGUACCUAUAGGUAUCGCAAAAUGAAGAUUAUGGUACUGACAUUUUGAGCCAUAACUCUGUUUAAGUAACAUUUUUGGCAGAAAAGUAUCAAUAAAACUCAAUCUACGAUGUACGAAACAUUUUAAGAUAAGCCUAACUGUAAAGCUAUUUUUGAUAUUAAAGUUAGGGAUAGUUGUGUUCCAAGAAUUCCUUCGAGAUAUAUAAAAUCCAUCGUAGCUUCUUCAAAAUAGAAGUUUGCUAAGCGUAGUUACUUUCGACAAAACCAGAAGGAAUGACUGCUUCGGUUUUUAAGAAGCAAAAGAUUUAACACUCUAAUAUCUAGUACCUAACUUGGUCGGAUUAUUCAUUUUUGGGUAUGAUCUGAUAUUCGCUUGUCUCACUUAUCUGUACAAAGUGAGUCAUAUGAAAGCUUGAAAAAUGUUAGUGAUAUUCAUUUGAAACAUUAAUUUAUUUAUUAAUUAUUUUUGAGAAAUAUUUUUUUCACUCUUCAAUUACUUAACAUAGUCCGUGAACUUCGAAAAUAUAU